AGUCUCUCUCCCUCUCUCUCUGGAGCUUGUGCUCUCUCCCUCUCUCUCUCACUCUCUCUCAUGCUCUCUCCCUCUCCCGCUCCCUCUCCCCCCCCCUCUUGCUAUAGAGGGCUCCAACAGCAGUUCCCAGCCAGUGUGUUCGCUCUGUGUGCGUGUGUGCGCGUGUGUGUGCGCGCAUGCUGCUACUUUGUACUGUGAGGAACACACAGCCCAUGUGCUCUGUAUGGAUGUUGAUGAUACUCUGUGUAGCUUGAUUCUCUGCAAGCAGGCAAGAUGUCCAGCACACCACAUGACCCUUUCUAUUCUUCUCCUUUUGGCCCAUUUUAUAGGAGACAUACACCAUACAUGGUGCAACCAGAGUACCGAAUAUAUGAAAUGAACAAGAGGCUGCAGUCUCGUACAGAGACUGCAGAUGUACACCUGAGCCUGAAUCUAGCAAAGCAUGAUAGUGACAACCUUUGGUGGGAUGCCUUUGCAACUGAAUUUUUUGAAGACGAUGCAACCUUAACCCUUUCGUUUUGUUUGGAAGAUGGACCAAAGCGAUACACAAUUGGAAGGACUCUCAUUCCUCGUUACUUUAGCACUGUCUUUGAAGGAGGUGUAACAGACCUGUAUUACAUUCUCAAGCACUCAAAAGAGUCCUACCACAACUCUUCUAUCACAGUGGACUGUGAUCAAUGCACCAUGGUCACUCAGCAUGGAAAACCUAUGUUUACCAAGGUAUGCACAGAAGGGCGUCUUAUUUUGGAAUUUACAUUUGAUGAUCUAAUGAGAAUAAAAACAUGGCACUUUACCAUUAGACAGUACAGAGAAUUAGUCCCACGCAGCAUUCUAGCCAUGCAUGCACAAGACCCUCAGGUGCUGGAGCAGCUGUCCAAAAACAUCACCCGAAUGGGUCUGACAAACUUCACCCUCAACUACCUCAGGUUGUGUGUAAUAUUGGAGCCAAUGCAAGAAUUGAUGUCAAGACAUAAAACUUACAAUUUAAGUCCUCGAGACUGCUUGAAGACAUGUUUGUUUCAAAAAUGGCAGCGAAUGGUGGCACCACCAGCAGAACCCACAAGACAACCGACAACCAAACGGAGGAAAAGGAAAAAUUCAACCAGCAGCACUUCAAACAGCAGUGCUGGGAACAAUGCAAACAGCACCAAUAGCAAGAAGAAAACGGCAGCUGCAAACCUGAGUCUGUCAAGUCAGGUACCUGAUGUGAUGGUGGUAGGAGAACCAACUCUGAUGGGAGGCGAAUUUGGGGAUGAAGAUGAAAGGCUUAUCACUAGACUAGAGAAUACACAGUAUGAUGCAGCAAAUGGCAUGGAUGAUGAAGAAGAUUUCAACAGUUCACCUGCACUGGGAAAUAACAGCCCUUGGAACAGCAAACCUCCUGCUAACCAGGAAACCAAAUCUGAAAACCCAACACCACAAGCUUCCCAAUAGAUUAUUCUGCAGCAGCAUCCACUGCAAUGUACAUCGGUGGAUUAUAAUUACUAUUUCAGAGUGUUCUCUAAAUAAUGAAACACAUAAACAAACGCAAUCUUUCCCUGGGUACAGUAUCUAUUUCUAAAACUGCAGCCAGCUAUCUGAUAUUUUUUAAUUAGAGAAAAAUCAUGUGUGAGCUUCCCUGUCUAUUUCUUGGAAGCUUUCACAUAUGACACGAUACUGGCACUGACCUCAAUUAAAAUAAUUGAAAAUUAAAUAGCACCUCAUGGCAAAUUUCUAACAAUACAUUUUGUUGGAGGGGGGUUUUUUUCCUCAUCAAACGAAGGCCAUAUUUUAACAAGUCAUCAGUGCUCAGGAUCUCAUUAAGGUAACUAUGAAAAACUUUUUAAAAUUGUAAAAUAUUUUCUGCUAUUCAACUUGCACCUAAAAUUUCUUGUUUCAGAAAAAUAUCAGCUUUUUUUUAAAGUAAAUUAAAAUAUCCUUUAGUUCUUUCUUUAAAUCUUCUUUCAUUGGUUAACCAUUUAAAGGAUCCAGCAUUUUUAAUUUAUAUUACAGCUGAGGCCAAUAAAUAAUCCUUCUGUCAUUUAAUAAAAAGGCUGAAACAAGAAAUGUCUCUUUUCAUCAAAGACAUGAAAAAAUAUUUUUCUGUGGAGAAAGGCACCCAGUCCUAUGAGAGUUUAUGCUUUGUAAAAUUGCUGCUGAUCCAGAUAUUUUAAAGCCAUGUAAUCCAUUAAUUUUGUGGGCAGCUUAAUAAAUCUAAAACUUUUGUGUUUUUAUUAUUGUAUCUCAGUUGGCUUUGUUGCUAUUUCUUUUCAUAGUAUAUUUCUUGUAUAAUAUUUUUUGUAAAGCCCUCAAAGCAGUUAAUUUUUUGAUUCCAGUGUAUUUAUGUGAAACUUUAUAAAAGAAACUAAUUUUUUCAUUUACAUAUUAAUAUGUUCAACUCAUCAUGUAAAGACACAGUGAGUCAGUGUGUUAUAUAAUACAACUGUAUUUUAUGUAUGCUUUGCCAAUAAGUGUGCCAAUAAACUGUGUUAACAA